CACAAUGGGUAAUAGUUUUGAAAAAAUCGUUUGUGCUGCUGGUGGUAGCGGCAAUUGCAAUGAGCCGACAAACAAUUGGUCCCCUUAUCGUCGCAGUUCACAUUUUAGACGUAACAAUGCCCAUAGCUAUUGUCGUCAAAAUCAUAUGCAAUGUCAGAUCUGCAAACGUCAACAACAGCAGCAACAACAUUUCAAUCAUAACCAGCAACAGCAGCAACUACAACAACAACAGUCGUGUCAAGAGUGCAUGAAUUGCAGUUCAUGUGCUGAGGGUUUAACAACAGCAACAUUGUUACAUGUCAGUUCGACACCUAAUCUAGGGGAAUCGGCAUCCUCUACUACACCCACCAUGGAUUUACGUUGUUCUUCAUUUUCUUAUGGGGGCGACACCGAUUUCUGUGAAAGUAAUGACGGCAUGGAUUCCGAUGCCAGUACAUCCUCGAAUACCGGUAAACAAGUGGUUGUGGGCAUAUGCGCCAUGGCCAAAAAGACCCAAUCGAAACCAAUGAAAGAGAUUUUGACACGUUUACAAGAAUUUGAAUUCAUUAAAAUGGUCAUAUUCGAAGAGGAUGUUAUUUUGAAGGAACCUGUCGAAAAUUGGCCCAUCUGUGAUUGCCUAGUUUCAUUUCAUUCUAAAGGUUUUCCCCUGGAGAAGGCCAUACAGUACGCUCAAUUGCGUAAACCAUAUGUUCUAAAUAAUCUUCAUAUGCAGUAUGAUAUACAAGAUCGUCGCCGGGUCUAUGCUAUAUUGGAAAAGGAAGGAAUUGAAAUACCACGUUAUGCGGUAUUAGAUCGUGAUUCGCCAGAUCCAAAACAACAUGAACUAAUCGAAUCCGAGGAUCAUGUUGAAGUUAAUGGUAUUAUAUUCAAUAAACCAUUUGUUGAGAAGCCCGUUUCGGCGGAGGAUCAUAACAUUUACAUUUAUUAUCCAACAUCUGCCGGUGGCGGUAGUCAACGUUUAUUCCGCAAGAUCGGUAGCCGUAGCAGUGUUUAUUCUCCAGAGUCGCGUGUUCGCAAAACUGGUUCAUUUAUUUACGAAGAUUUUAUGCCUACCGAUGGUACGGAUGUUAAGGUCUACACAGUGGGUCCCGACUAUGCCCAUGCUGAGGCACGUAAAAGUCCAGCGUUGGACGGUAAAGUGGAACGUGACAGCGAAGGCAAGGAGAUUCGCUAUCCCGUCAUACUGAAUCAUGCGGAGAAGCUAAUAUCACGUAAAGUUUGCUUAGCUUUUAAACAGACCGUUUGUGGAUUUGAUUUGUUGAGAGCAAAUGGCAAAUCAUUUGUCUGCGACGUCAAUGGAUUUAGUUUUGUGAAAAAUUCCAAUAAAUAUUAUGACGAUUGUGCAAAAAUAUUGGGCAAUAUGAUAUUGAGAGAACUAACACCGACCCUGCAUAUACCAUGGUCGGUGCCAUUUCAGUUAGAUGAUCCACCCAUUGUACCGACAACAUUUGGUAAAAUGAUGGAACUACGCUGUGUUGUGGCUGUCAUUCGGCAUGGUGAUCGUACGCCUAAACAAAAAAUGAAAGUUGAAGUGCGGCAUCCCAAAUUCUUUGAAAUUUUUGAAAAAUAUGAUGGCUUUAAAAAUGGUCACGUGAAAUUGAAACGUCCUAAGCAGUUGCAGGAAAUUUUAGAUAUUGCCCGAUUUCUAUUGGCCGAAAUUGAGACAAAAGAUAAUCCCGAAAUUGAGGAGAAGAAAAGUAAAUUGGAACAAUUGAAAAGUGUUUUGGAAAUGUAUGGCCAUUUUUCUGGCAUUAAUCGCAAAGUACAAAUGAAAUAUCAACCAAAAGGCCGACCAAGAGGUUCCAGUUCUGAUGACGGUAAUAAUGUUAAAAAUUUAGACGCACCAUCGGAGCCAUCUUUGGUCCUUAUCUUAAAAUGGGGUGGUGAAUUAACCCCAGCUGGUCGUAUACAAGCCGAAGAACUGGGUCGUAUAUUUAGAUGUAUGUAUCCUGGUGGGCAAGGACGGCAAGAUUAUUCUGGCACUCAAGGCUUGGGGUUGUUAAGAUUACAUUCAACCUUUCGCCAUGAUUUAAAAAUAUAUGCUUCCGAUGAGGGUAGAGUUCAAAUGACAGCAGCGGCCUUUGCCAAAGGUCUAUUGGCACUGGAGGGUGAACUAACCCCAAUUCUAGUACAAAUGGUUAAGAGUGCUAAUACAAAUGGUUUACUGGAUAAUGAUUGUGAUUCUAGCAAAUAUCAAAAUAUGGCCAAAAAUCGCCUACACGAACUCAUGCAGGUUGAUCGUGAAUUCACAGCAGAAGAUCGUGCCGCCAUCAAUCCGAACAACAGCAUCUCAAUCAAUCAAGCUUUAGAUUUCGUCAAAAAUCCUGUAGAAUGUUGCAAUCAUGUCCAUAGCUUGAUAAAAGAACUUUUGAUUAUUAUUAGUGUUAAAAAAGAUGAUCCCAAGACCAAAGAUGCCAUAUUGUAUCAUGGUGAAACAUGGGAUUUAAUGCGUUGUCGUUGGGAAAAAAUCGAAAAAGAUUUCAGUACUAAAUCCAAACUAUAUGAUAUCUCAAAGAUUCCCGAUAUUUAUGAUUGUAUAAAAUAUGAUUUGCAGCACAAUCAACAUACUCUACAAUAUGAUCAAGCUGAGGAAUUGUAUAUCUACGCCAAAUAUUUGGCCGAUAUCGUUAUACCCCAAGAAUAUGGGUUGACAAUGCAAGAGAAGUUAACCAUAGGUCAGGGUAUUUGCACACCACUUUUGAAAAAAAUCAAAUCAGAUUUACAACGUAACAUUGAAGAGGUCGAAGAUGAAUCUGUGAAUCGUUUAAAUCCACAAUAUAGUCAUGGUGUUGCCAGUCCUGGCCGACAUGUUCGUACCCGAUUAUAUUUCACCAGUGAAAGUCAUGUCCAUUCUUUGCUGACGGUAUUACGUUACGGCGGAUUGUUGAAUGUAUUAACCGAUGAACAAUGGCGUCGUGCCAUGGAUUAUAUUUCCAUGGUAUCGGAAUUGAAUUAUAUGUCACAAAUUGUCAUUAUGCUGUAUGAGGAUCCAACAAAAGAUCCCACUUCCGAAGAGAGAUUCCAUGUUGAGUUACACUUUAGUCCGGGCGUAAAUUGUUGUGUACAAAAGAACUUACCACCUGGACCAGGAUUUAGACCACAUUCGCGUAAUGAUUCGGGUACAUUAAAAACAUCGACUCAUGAAGAGUGUUCAAAUAAUCCAUCACGCAUUGAUGAGGAAAAUGAUACAGAUGAAAGUCCAGUCAAAACUCAUUUGAUUUCUCCCGAUGGUUUUGAUUGUGAAAUACGACAUUCCAAGUCGAAACCCAUACCAAUUGGUUCACACCACACUGUGGCUGGACAUGAGGCUAUGGAUUUGGCAAAACGUUUAAAUAAGGAACUGGCUUCUCAGCAUCAACAACAACAGUCGAACAAACAAACUGGUUCAUUGGAAGCAAAUCGUCCCAUCAGCCCAGAUGGUGAACCACGUUCACGUAGUUUCGAGCAGAGAUCACAAAAAUCAAAAGAUAAUACUGUCACUUCGACAUCGUCGUCGUCAUCGGUCUCGUCCCGACGCCAAAGACACAGUAUUGCCGGCCAGAUGUCUUAUAUGAAAAUGUUGGGAUUCGGUGGUUUUAGUAAAAAGAUGACCACAAGCGCCAAUAGUCUAUUCAGUACGGCCGUGAUCAGUGGCAGUUCAUCGGCACCAAAUUUAAGAGAUAUGAUACCAGUAUCAUCAUCGGUUCUGGAUGGGUUUGGUGGUGUACCACCGAUACGGCCCCUAGAAACAUUGCACAAUGCUUUGUCGCUCAAACAAUUGGAUCAGUUUUUGGAAAAAAUGACUUCGGCACCGCUAUUCAAAACUCCAACAUGCACACCCCCGAAAAAUCCCUCAACACCACUAUCAAUGAUGACAACAAUAACCGAUGAGGAUAUCUGUUCGGGAACGGCCAGUACACCGACCAAUAACAUUUGUCGUUGCAACGACAAUAGUAUUCUGAAUGAAAAGAAUCCGGAACGUUGUGGUUUGUGCGGCUAUCCGAUUCGGACAUCAGCACCAGAUGCUGAGUCGACCCCGGUAGCAGCUGUGGUGGAUCAACAGCGUUUGCAAACAUCAAACACGGCCUCAGUAGCUGGUGGGUCAAGUUUAUGGAGUAAACAAUCCAGUAUUGCAAGUAGCAUUACGGAACCAUCAUCACCGGCUAUAUCGGAUACAUAUUCCCAGGAAACACCCAGCUGUGAGAUGUCGAUUAGUUUGACCAGUAAUGAGGGUGGGAAUUAUAGUCUGCCUGCAUCAUCGGCUACGGCAGCGAAAUUGGCACGAUUCUUUCCUCGAUUGGAUGGUGAUUUGAAUACGGUUAGCGUUUACACACCAAUGAAUUUGGAUAGCUUGGAUAGCAAUGAUACGGAAUUUAAUAUGGGUACCAUUGGUGGUGGUGGUGGAGGUGGUCCGGGAGGUGGAAAAAGUGCCUGUUUAACACCGGUUAGCUUUAAUAUGGAUUUAAGUAUUGUCGCGAAUAAAGGAUCGUUGACAUUGUCCGUGGAUGGCUUUGAUGAUGAAGAUGCCACACCUUCGGCUGCUACCACACCAUCAUUACCCCACGACGAGGCUCCUCAAUUGGAAAUGUGUUAUUGUUGUGAAGGUCAUGCGGAAUCUGAUCAACCACCCGAUGAUGAUGCCGAACAAUCAACCGAACUCUUUAGCAGUAUGCGCAAUAAACGUUUAGAUGAAAAUGAACCCAAAGUACCUUGCUGUUGCAGCGUCGAUGAUGAAGCCCCCUUAAGUGCAGGACCCCAAACAUGUGGUGAUCCUGUACCACCCCUGCUAAGUAUACGCAAAGCAUCCGAUACUAUUUCACCAAAAAUCCAAAAACAAAUAAGUCUUUUUGAAAGUGGCGAUAUCGAUCGCCAAAAGGACUAUGCUGCCUUGCAUGCCUCCAUCAAUAUACCCCAACCGAACAGUUUGCAAUUGAAACAAGAUGCCCGUUUGAGGAAAUUCGAAAAUCUAACACAAUCCACAUCUAAUUCCAAUUUUCCCUUCGAAAGCAAUACCCUGAAGAGAGUGCCAAAUAAUGUGGAGGAUUUUGUUGAUGUCAAUCUAACGCAGUCAUGUAUAAAUUUGAAAACCUCACCACCACCAUCGUCCGGUGGUGGUUCACCACAACAUAAAGCCUCACAAUCGGCAAUAUUUCGCCCCAUAACAAUGCCUACAGAAAUGGGUUCAGCCAGUGGCCCAGCCAGUCCUCGCCCGGGCGCCUUAAUUGUCAAAGAAAAAUUUAUUGAGCCACCCAAACGUAUAACACGCAGUUUCCAUGGCAAAACCCAAUCAAUGGACGCCGAUUUUUUAUUCAAUGAAUUUCUAUUGGUUCCCGCUCAGGCCCCAACACAACAACAUUCCUCAAGCAGUGAGGCGGGUAGUUCGUCAACUUCACCGUCCACAAAUCGUCCAAAUAAACGUUUCACCACCACAAAGGUAAUGGAUGAAGUUUUACAGCAACAACAAGAUGUAGAUAAAGUUUAGAAAUAUACAAGAAAAAAACAUAUACCGGA